AAAGGCGGAGCCUGCGAAAAGAAAAAGAUACAUAGCCCAUAAACUUUGUCACUAUUGAGUGUAUUGCUUACCUGUACGUGAAAGCCUUGUCUUGACUCACCUGGACCGCUCGAGAUGGAGGGAACUUUAUGAUAUACCAGGAUAUAUAUUGGUUUAUUCAAGGUUUUACCAGAAGUUUUGAACUUACUUCUGCCAAGGUGAUUUAUUUAUUGUUCCACCAGUGAAUAUUUUAGACUACAACAGCUACUCCAACUUCGUAUUUGAAAACUACCGCGGGCAGCCUUGGAUAAACAGGUCGGCGAUCGGACCCCUCAAGCUCUCAGUCCAGCCAUGUGAUAGUCCAAAAUAACUUUACCCAGUUAUCAGUCAACCGCCACAACCCUGACCCCCCCCCCCCCACCCCCCCACCCCACCCCAAUCACUCUUCACCAACCACAGCCUUCCGUACCGGUCUCCUUCAGACGACAUCUGGUCUCAUGGCCCACCCCUAUGAACCCUGGUUACGGACAGCACCUCCUGGUAGCAGCUCGGACGAGAUGAACGUCCCCUCGUGGUGGGACCUCCACACCGGGCCGGGGAGCUGGAUGGACCUGCAGGCCAGCCAGGGCGUGGGCUUGCAGGCGGUUGGCCAGGGCACGAUGGGUUUGCAAUCCUCCCUGGGUCCAUACGGCUCGGAGUCCCAGCUGUGUAGUCCUUCCCAGCUAGCCCAGCUGGCCCCGGCGUCGCACUCAGCUCACGCUCACCUCUACCCCCAGGAGGGCUUCAAGAUGGAGCCGCUGGGAGGACCCGAGAUGAUGCAACAGGAGCAGUACUCCCUGGAGGAACCGCAGGAGAGUGCCGCCGCCGCCGCUCGACCCAAGCCCCAGCGCCGCUCCACCUCCCGGGGUUCGGGACAGGCUGUGUGCCGGUGCCCCAACUGCGUCCACGCCGAGCAGCUGGGCCAGGGCGCCGACGACGGCCGCAGGAAGCACAUGCACAACUGCCACAUCCCAGGCUGCGGCAAAGCCUACGCCAAGACCUCCCACCUGAAGGCCCACCUGCGCUGGCACAGCGGCGACCGGCCCUUCGUCUGCAACUGGCUCUUCUGUGGCAAGCGGUUCACGCGGUCCGAUGAACUGCAGCGCCACCUGCAGACGCACACCGGCGCCAAGAAAUUCAGCUGCGCCAUGUGCCCGCGUGUCUUCAUGCGCAACGACCACCUGGCCAAGCACAUGCGCACGCACGAGUCUCUGUCCGGGCCGGGGGAGGAAAUAGGGAAUGGAGAGGGGGGCAGGAUGGGGAAGGGCUUCGACACGCCUUCACCUCAGCCCGGCGCCUCCGACUCCACCGAGGCGGCCCUCAAGCAGCCAAAAUGUGAGACAGACCCCACUGUGACAGGACAGUCUGGCUAGCUGCCUCGCGUCCAGGUCUGGAAUACUCCAACUAGUUUACAGUCAGUAGGCUGCUGUUAGCCCUUUUCUAUCAGUCAGAAGAAUAGUUUAUGAUACCUGUAGUGGAGAUGGAAGGCCUGGCAUAAGGGCUUUAUCUUAUGAAAUUAUCGUUUAUCUCUACCAUGUGCAUUUAAUAUAAGGCAACAAAGACCUUUCGACGAUGCAGAAAUGCAACAUUGUAACAUAACACCAUGCAUGCAGCCUAGAAAGACCUAAAACCAAAGAGAACACAGCUAUAACCAACCAGUAUGUUACAGCACCAAGAGGGCAAUCUGUCACAGGCCUUGUUGGAAGGAUAUCCAUUUAAGGGAUCAAGGAAAAAGGCUUUUUCAGAUGUUCUUAUCCAUUUAAGGGUAGCUUUGGUGGUAACCAAGCCAGAGCCAAACGCUUGCUCCUAGGCUGCCCAAUGCUGCUACUGCCAAAAUACGAUCCAUCAAGAGAGCUUUAACAUGAAGAUAGGGUUUUAUGUGUUUACAGUAAAAACAAAACAAAAAAAAAAAUAUCCACUUUAUUUUCAGGAAGCCGACAAUCUUUCCAGUCCUCAUUGACCAAAUCGAACUGAUGUUGAAGCAAUGGAAGUGGAUGGUCAGAAUUGGUAGGUUAAGUUGGCUCCACAUCUCCGUCAUUGACCUACCCUAUGACUCGCAACACUGUAUGUGAGUGUAUGCCCAUGACACUGGA